AUGUUUGUUUUGGGAUGCCACCUCUCAACGAAGGCAGAUAUAACAAUCUUAUCUGGUAGAUGUCUUCAACAUGCACCUAAGGGGUUCCUAUCAGCAGUUCUGCUUGAGUACAGGCAUCUGGCGGAGGCUCUGCACAAUCAUACUGAUGUGGGGCUUGGACCUACAGUUCUGGCCUAUCUGUUCAAGAAUCUGCAUACUGCCACCCUGGAGAAUCCACUGAACCUGUCUGCUCCUGGUGCAUUUUGGAUGAUCCAGAUCUGGCUGCAGGUCUACUUCCCAGAAUUAAGGUUUCCAGAUGUAGUUCUGCCUGAAGACCAGGUUCUGGCUCAACCACUGAUGUCGGCAGAAGUGCCCAAGCGCUCCAUUGAAGAGUACCUGAUGUUCUUCAGGCACUGUACAAAGAGGUCAGCACCUCAGUGGUAG